UGUAAGCGCUCACUGCGCAAGUCCAAAUAACCUCAUUCAAUCCACGCCUAGGGUCAUCCACACGCAUUUUAUCAUUGUACUUUAUUAACAAAACCACCCGUGUAUAAAGCACAAAGGAAUUUUAAACGUUGUUUGAUUUUUUUGCUAAUAAACAUAACAAACGUCGAUUGUAAUAAAAAGCUCACAAUUCCCUAUGGAUGCGUGUAAACCUAGUUGGAUAAUUGUACGCCAAAUUUUAUCAAUAAACGUAAGGUGAAGGCAAAUUCGUAGAAUGUGAAGCUCGUUUCAAAAUUGCAGCGUGAGUGAUAAAAUGGUAAAUGACGCACAAGUACAGUCGCCACCAAAUUUGGUUGUGCGUGAAGAUAUUAACCGCACAAGCGUUGCGUGCAAUGUAAAUAGAAGUGUUAAAACAUUGGAAUACAAGGGACUGCUGUGGUCAUGUGGUCUCCGAGAGAUUUGUUUAACUGCCCUCUGGCUUCCACUUGGUGCUUUAAUAUUUUGUUACGUGACAGCGUCGAUAUUUCAAGCAGAUGACAUACACGAAACACAUUGUAGGGUAUACAAUGUAGUGCCAUCAAUAAGUGCGAUUACAGGCAUAAGUCCACAAAGGUACGUGUGGCGGAUAUGUGUCGCGUUCCACUUAGGUCCAAGGUUGUUAAUAGGUUCCUUAUACUACAACUAUCACAAAGAACGCACCGCGCAUAUCGUUGAGGAAAAGUCUCGCGUACUAGCGACGAAAUUAGGAGAAGCUUGCUAUUGGCUCAAUUUUAUAGAAUUAUUCGCUUUGACUGGAGUGACGUACGUCUCGAACAGAGAAAAUUAUUUCGUGCAUGAGAAAAUCUUCAUCGUGUUCAUGAUAACCGCCUUGCUGCACAUGCUGUGCCGUGCGCGCGUCGGCUGCAUCGCCAGCGACGUCGUGCAACCAGUGAGGACCAACAAACUCGUGUGGAUACUAUUCUACGUGGCCAUAGCGGCCACUGUUGGCCUUAUCAUAUUUUUCCUGAGGCAUCGGCUGCUUUGCAGGCCUUUAGCUUUCACCUGGUUCUCAGUAUGCGAGUACAUAUUGGCAACCGCAAAUAUGGCGUUCCACGCGAUCGUGGUGCGUGAUCUUCCUCUGCAUCAGCUCCAAGUGGUUUGUCCCACGAAUAGCAAAACAAAUUAACAGUGUGUAAUGCUAAUCACAUUGCUUAAGGACUCGUGCACGAUCCUGGUAUCCUCGUGGCGUUAUAGAUAUAGACAAUUAUUUUAAGAAUUAAAAUUAUAACUUCCAUGUAAAUAAUAUAAAUGGAUCUAACAGUUAUACUAUCAUUGAUAGCUAUUAUUUGCAAUAGUUUACAGUAACAAUUCUGGCAGUUAAUUAACAGUUAAUUCUUUAGAUAUAUUGUGGUGAUUUAGGUAUUACAGUACCGAAAUAAGUAUCUAGUUAAUAUCUUCGUUUCCAUUAUUUUGCUUAAUUAUUAUUGCGUAUCUGUGAACGUAUUAAAUUAAGAAAGUGAUGAAUAUUUGAAAUAUAUAAAAAAACUGAAUCAAAAGAUAAAUGAAUAAAUACUGCGCAGUAUUCAAAGUACUCGGUACUCGGAUAAAAGUAAAUUAAUAUUUCUUGAGAAAUAAUAAUAAACUUAAAUAUAUUUCUAUAUCUCAAAAAUAAUAAUGACACGAAUACGAACACAUCCGACCAGUAGGAAAACAUUUAAAAUUAUGAGGAAACAAAUACUAUGCAGUAUCCACUUGGUACAUUGAAAAUAUAUAAAAAAAAAUCAUUUAAUACCACCUUUCACCAUGGAUAUCCUAGCCUUAAUAAAGUUCUUUGAAGCCUUUGUACCUGCCAUAGAUUCAUAAGUAGCGUUAAGGUAUAAGUAGUUAUUAGUGUCUGAACCGACGUUAAAAAAUAAGGUGUUCGCAUUCAUUUAAAUUUCGACUUUGUCGGUUGGCACUCCAAAAUUAUUGUAGAUUACUUAAAAUAUAAAUAUAUAUAUAAUGGUACUCUUCGGUUGCACUUAAAUGAAAUUUGAUAAUUGUUUAUUUAUAAUUUACAAGUUAUAUGAGAAAUUAUGUAAACAAAUCUGACGAUAUUAUUCAUGAUACUGGGUUAAUAAAUUCUUAAAUUUUUAUGCUUGAAUUUGACAUGAAUUAAAACUCGACAUCCUCAAUAAUUGUUGAGUAAAAGAGUCUCAAUUUAUAACGAAAUGUUUCUAUGAAACCCUAAAAUGAAUUUAAUUUCUGGUUUACAGAUAAAUCAUAAUUUUAUAGUAUUUAAGUGAGACUUACGUGUAUUCACUUAAAAAUACCUGUAUUGUAUAUCGGAUAACGGCGGGCUUUAUAUUAAUGUAAGCACUAAUAAAAAUAUAGGCAGUAGAUAUGUAUAUACUGCCUUAAUUGUUGUAAGUACCUAUUUAUAAUCUAGCUUCCUCAAUUAUUCAUAACGUAUUGUUAAUUCGACUCAUAAAUUAAUUUGCUUAAAUUAAAGGACCAAUAUAAUUGUCGUGAAACUUUAUAUGUUCUAUAAUAUUACAAUGUACUUAAAUGACACAUGAACAUAUCUUACUUAAAAAUAAUAUAGGUACUUACAUGUGCGAAUUUUAUUUAUUUUAAAAUUAAGUACCAUUACUUAACCUCGAUUAAAAAUACUUAUUAUUAAAACCAAUAUGACUGAUAA